GACCUCCAGAAGCUCCCCGCGCAGCGCGGCUGUGUUUGCGCUGCGGCCUGUGCGAGUAGUCGCUUCGGAACCAGUCUCCCGGUGAGCGGCGCCCAGAAACCUCGAACCGGUGGAGCCCUCUUGUAACCUGGAGCCCAGAAGGCCACGAAAACAAUACCCUUGCCUCAGCGGCGGUGUGUACUGUGAACAGACCUUUAAAGUCAAAGUUAAUCCUUAAUACGAAGUUUCUCAUUGGUAUAUUACUAGAAAGAGGCAUUGUGACACAGUGAAAACAGCCCUUGGAUUGGUAAUUUCAGGAUAGUGGGGACCUUGGGGUCCCCACACACUCACUGUGUUCCCUUGGACAAGUUAGCUUCAUCUGUAAAAGGAGAAUAAUAUAUCUACACAAGGUAUUAAUACCAACUGCCUUCCUAAGAAAAGUGCUGAGAUAGAGUAUUAUAAUACAAGCGCUUCUAAAAACACAAAUGAUUAUAUAUUAGUUUGUGUAUAGAGAGAGAUUUAGAAGAAUACAACGAUAUAUACCAAACUUUUGGGAUUAGGGGGCAAGGAAAUGGAAGACAUGCACUUUUUAUCUUCUCUCUUCUGAAGGGAGUCUAUCCUGAACUUAGAUCGUGUACAUUUUGGGAACUUAUUUUAGAAAAGAUCUAAAUUUUAAAAAUUCUCAAUGGACAGACAGAGAAAAGAGGGUCUUUGCCAGCUCCUUUGGACAUCUGCAGUAAGAAUGUCUUUCCCCCCUCAUUUGAAUCGUCCUCCCAUGGGAAUCCCAGCACUCCCACCAGGGAUCCCACCCCCACAGUUUCCUGGCUUUCCUCCACCUGUACCUCCAGGAACUCCAAUGAUUCCUGUACCAAUGAGCAUUAUGGCUCCAGCUCCAACUGUAUUAGUACCCACUGUGUCAAUGGUUGGAAAGCAUUUGGGAGCAAGAAAGGAUCAUCCAGGCUUAAAGACGAAAGAAAAUGAUGAAAAUUGUGGUCCCACUACUACAGUUUUUGUCGGCAACAUUUCUGAGAAAGCGUCAGACAUGCUCAUAAGACAGCUCCUUGCUAAAUGUGGCUUGGUUUUAAGUUGGAAGAGAGUACAAGGUGCAUCUGGAAAACUUCAAGCCUUCGGAUUCUGUGAGUAUAAGGAACCUGAAUCUACCCUCCGUGCACUCAGGUUAUUACAUGACCUGCAGAUUGGAGAGAAGAAACUACUUGUUAAAGUUGAUGCAAAGACAAAGGCACAACUGGAUGAAUGGAAAGCAAAGAAGAAAGCUUCUAAUGGGACUGCCAGGCCAGAAACAGUCACUAAUGAUGAUGAAGAAGCCUUAGACGAAGAAACAAAGAGAAGAGAUCAGAUGAUCAAAGGGGCCAUUGAAGUUUUAAUACGUGAAUACUCCAGCGAGCUCAAUGCCCCUUCACAAGAAUCUGACUCUCACCCCAGAAAGAAGAAGAAGGAAAAGAAGGAGGACAUUUUCCGCAGAUUUCCAGUGGCACCUCUGAUCCCUUAUCCACUCAUCACUAAGGAAGAUAUAAAUGCUAUAGAAAUGGAAGAAGACAAAAGAGACCUGAUAUCCCGAGAGAUCAGCAAAUUCAGAGACACACACAAGAAACUGGAAGAAGAGAAAGGCAAAAAAGAAAAAGAAAGACAGGAAAUUGAGAAAGAACGGAGAGAAAGAGAGAGGGAGCGUGAAAGGGAACGAGAAAGGCGAGAACGGGAACGAGAAAGGGAAAGAGAACGUGAACGAGAAAAGGAGAAGGAACGGGAGCGGGAACGAGAACGGGAUAGGGAUCGUGACCGGACGAAGGAGAGAGAUCGAGAUCGGGAUCGAGAAAGAGAUCGUGAUCGCGAUCGGGAAAGGAGUUCAGAUCGGAAUAAGGAUCGGAGUAGAUCAAGAGAAAAGAGCAGAGAUCGUGAAAGGGAACGGGAGCGAGAAAGAGAGAGAGAGAGAGAACGUGAACGAGAAAGAGAACGUGAACGAGAAAGAGAGCGUGAAAGGGAACGGGAACGAGAGAGAGAGAAAGACAAGAAGAGGGAUCGAGAAGAGGAUGAAGAAGAUGCAUAUGAACGAAGAAAACUUGAGAGAAAACUUCGGGAGAAAGAAGCUGCUUAUCAAGAGCGACUUAAGAAUUGGGAAAUCAGAGAACGAAAGAAAACCCGGGAAUAUGAGAAAGAGGCUGAACGAGAAGAAGAAAGAAGAAGAGAAAUGGCAAAAGAAGCUAAAAGACUAAAAGAAUUCUUAGAAGAUUAUGAUGAUGAUAGAGAUGAUCCCAAAUAUUACAGAGGAAGUGCUCUUCAGAAAAGGUUGCGUGACAGGGAAAAGGAAAUGGAAGCAGAUGAACGGGAUAGGAAAAGAGAGAAGGAAGAGCUUGAGGAAAUCAGGCAGCGACUUCUGGCAGAAGGGCAUCCGGAUCCAGAUGCAGAGCUUCAGAGGAUGGAACAAGAGGCUGAGAGACGCAGACAGCCACAAAUAAAACAAGAACCAGAAUCGGAGGAAGAGGAAGAAGAAAAGCAAGAAAAAGAAGAAAAACGAGAGGAACCCGUGGAAGAGGAAGAAGAACCAGAGCAGAAGCCCUGUCUCAAACCAACUCUAAGGCCCAUCAGUUCUGCCCCAUCUGUUUCCUCUGCCAGUGGCAAUGCAACCCCCAACACUCCUGGGGAUGAGUCUCCCUGUGGUAUUAUUAUUCCUCAUGAAAAUUCGCCAGAUCAACAACAACCUGAAGAGCAUAGGCCCAAAAUAGGACUAAGUCUUAAACUGGGUGCUUCCAAUAGUCCUGGUCAACCUAAUUCUGUGAAGAGAAAGAAACUUCCUGUAGAUAGUGUCUUUAACAAAUUUGAGGAUGAAGACAGUGAUGAUGUACCCCGAAAAAGGAAACUGGUUCCCUUGGAUUAUGGUGAAGAUGACAAAAAUGCUGCCAAAGGCACCGUAAACACUGAAGAAAAGCGCAAACACAUUAAGAGUCUCAUUGAGAAAAUUCCUACCGCCAAACCUGAGCUCUUUGCUUAUCCCCUGGAUUGGUCUAUUGUGGAUGCUAUAUUGAUGGAACGACGAAUUAGACCAUGGAUUAAUAAGAAAAUUAUAGAAUACAUAGGUGAAGAAGAAGCUACAUUAGUUGAUUUUGUUUGUUCUAAGGUAAUGGCUCAUAGUUCACCUCAGAGCAUUUUAGAUGACGUUGCCAUGGUACUUGAUGAAGAAGCCGAAGUUUUUAUAGUCAAAAUGUGGAGAUUAUUGAUAUAUGAAACAGAAGCCAAAAAAAUUGGUCUUGUGAAGUAAAACUCUCUCUACAUUUAGAGUUCCAUUUCAGAUAUCUUCUUUCUCAUCCUUCAAAGGACUUUGAAAAUUUUUUUUGUCUUCAGAGACAGUUGUGAGAUCUGUAAUUUUUUUUAAUGUAGAAAAUGUGAAUUUUUUUUUUUUUGUCCUCCAAUUUGUUGAUGCCCUGUGUACUCCCUUGGUUGUAAAGACAUCUAAAUGCUACCUUGGUUCUCUUUAUACUCACCAGGUACAAAUUACUGGUAUGUUUUAUAAGCCACAGCUACUGUAUACAGCCUAUCUGAUAUAAUCUUGUUCUGCUGAUUUGUUCCUUGUAAAUAUUAAAAUGACUCCCUAAUUCUUUUGCAGAAUUGCACUUAAUAUUGAACUGUACUAUAUAGGAACCAACAUGAACAAUUUUAAUUGAAAGAGUACCAGCCACAUCUGUUACCCUUCCCCCCUUGAUCAGAAUUGGCAAACUUACAUAAAGGCAUAAAAUUUAAAAUUUAAAAUUAGAGUGUAAAAACUAGCAGGCCGUCCAUCCCUAUUUUAUCUCUGUAUGAAUGUGUUUGUGUGAAUGUAUGAUAAAAACGUAUUUUCCCUGAUUUGCUUUGGAGGGCUCCCUUAAACAUUUUCUAAUUGAAAACUAUAAUUGUAAAGGAAAUAUGGUAUUGUGCCAAUCCAAAUGUCUGGGAUAAUUAGGUUAAUAGUCUCCCAGAGCAUGAUACUCUCUUAUGGCAAGAAACAAACAAAUCUAUUAAACAGAAUGAGGUUUUCCUGUUGAUAGCUGGCUGCUUCGGCCUCUCUUGUAAGGGAGUGUGAAUCAGUGGUUCCCCUGCUCCCUAAUUUUAUUGUUCAGAAAUGAGGCAGAUCCUUAGAUUCUGGAGAGCUUUAUUUAAUGCAUUUUUGCACUGAUUGGUCAGUUUAAUUUUGGUGUACCCCUUUGUUUAAAAAAAUUCAAAACGCAAAAAUGAAAAAACCUUUUAAAAACAAAAGAUAAAAUUAGGCAAUUUUACAGACUAAGAAAGUUUGACAAAAUACAGUAGAAUUUCAGCAUGAUGUUUUACAAAAGUUUACAUCUUAUUUUUAAGGAUAAAGUAAAUCAUUUAAGGCGGUUACCACUAAUUUUUUGUUUUCAUUUUUAUUUUGUAAAGCUUGUGUGUAUAUGCAAGCACACACCUUGUUUACCUCUGCUCCUCAAAGUUUAAAAAUACAUUGAUGGUGUUAAGAAACACACAUGGGGCUUUCUUUAUUGUAGAUCAGAACUUCAUCAGGGAGCAAAAUUAACUGAAAAUGUAACAAGUUUUAAACAGUUCUUAAAGUAGGUGCAGCUAUUCAUGUCUGAGUAUUUAUUUAAAAGAAAGAUAAAGAUUGGGAAUAGGAAGAUAAAGCAUAACUGAGGUUGAGUUAACUAGAUUUUUUUACAUCUUAAGAGGACAUUUGGAAACACUGUUCUUAACAUUGGACCCCAUGACAUGGUUCCAUUAU